AUGCAUGUGAUUGGUGUUUCCCUUUUGACACCAACGCUGAAAUUGUGUGGUGAAAAUAUAACCGAUGAACAAUUACUCGAGAAAACUUUUACCACUUUCCACGCCUCGAGUGUUGUCUUGCAGCAACAAUAUCGAGAGCAUCGUUUUAAGAAAUACUCAGAGUUGAUUUCAUGUAUGUUUGUUGCAGAACAGAAUAAUGAAUUAUUAUUAAGAAAUCAUGAAUCUCGUCCCGUGGGAUCUGUUUCUGUGCCUGAAGCACAUGCAACAACGAGUUCUACCAAUGGUAAUGGACGGGGAAAUAGUAAGGGUAAAUGGAAACGUGGUCGUGGUAAUAAAAAGAACCAAGACAAGAAUUCAAGGUUUAAGCCAAACCACCAGGAGUGGAAAGAUGUCAUCCCAAAGAAAGAACAGAAGCCAGAUAAAGGAAAAUAUUCGUUUGAAAAGCCUAUAAAUAACAAGGAAGAUGUUUGUUAUCGUUGUGGUAUGACUGGUCAUUGGUCACGUACCUGUCGUACUUCCAAGCAUCCGAUUAAUCUAUAUUAA